AUGGCGCAGUCGGGCUCACUAUUGGAUGCAUUGGGACAAAGCAUUCUGGACUCGGCAAGCUCCAUAGAUGCCCACAUAGAUGCCGGUGCUCUGGUCGACCGAAUCUCAGGAGACUGCAGCACUGCAAGCGGCCAUCGAGCGCGGCAAUUUGCUCUGGCCGAGUUCAAGGCUCUGGCGAAGCGCGCCCCUGGAGCCGUCGUCGCCACUGAAGGCGCCGUGGUUGCCAUCCUGCGCGUGGUUGAGAAGAUCUCCCCGCCUCAGGAUGAAGAACUUGCCGACGAGAAUGUGGAAUCAAUGCAGGAUGCCUUAGAGUGCUUGAGUUCGUUGAUGAGCACCGGCUCGUCAAAGAGCUCCGCCUCCAAAGAUUCGAAGAUCGAAGAGAAGGAGCGAGCAGACGAGCAGCAAGGACAACUUGUAGCGGAGCUUAUCGUGAAGCACACGGAGAACGUCAAACAACUCCUGCGAUUGCUUUGUCUCAGCGAGACUUCUACUCAGUACGAUGCGAUGAUCCUGCUUCAGAAAAUCUACGUCCGCUUACCUGAGCCCGUGAAUGCUGCCAUCUUGGCGGACCCGAGGUCUCUCGGCCACCUGAUGCACGUGCUGCAGACGUCACCCAUUGACUAUGUGCGCAAUGAAUGUCUUAGUUUGCUACUUCUGCUGACGGCAGCCAAUGCUGACAUUCAGACUAUUGUUACUGUGCAGGGUUUCAUCGAGACUGUUUUUUCCAUCCUGGAAGAUGAAGAUCUCGCUUUGGGUGGCAAAGUUGCGCGAGAUCUGCUGCAAUGCCUGAUGAACAUCGUCGGGAAUUCAACCUGUCAGAAGUAUUUGCGCGAAACGGAUGGGGCGGCGUCACUCGUGUCCGCAAUUUCCGUGGCAGUUGCCGGAAGACCAAGUGAGGAGGACGACGAAGAAGACGAAAGGCCAGAAAUCCCUGGGGAGUCUCGCUGGGCAUGCCUUUCUCUUCUGGUGGAUGCGGCGUUGUCGCUAGCCAGUCCUCCCGAUGCUGCGGAGGCCGAGGCUGAGGCCAACCGUCUCGCCUUGGUUAAGGCGGGUGCUCUGGACCUGUGUCGCCACCUCUCGGACCCGCAGCUGGCAGAGGCUGCGCAGCUCAUGCUCGUGCGGCUUUUUCAGUCGCUUGAGAAGUGCCCACAGGCUGCCGAUCGCCUGCAAAGCUUCGGGCGAGGCAAGCAAGACUCCGGCAGACCGCUGCUCUUUGAUCUGGCGGCAGUGCUGCUGGGUCCUGUCACGCGGCUAAGCCUUCGAAACGCGCUUGGACGUGUACUUUGCCGCUGUGUCGCCAGACAUGCCUCACUGCAGUCCUUCCUGUGCUCUUCACUCAGUCCAGAGCUCCAAGCAGAUUCUCCGGAGGUGAGGCCGGCGGGACGUCUCCUCGUGGACGUGCUGGAGGCUGCCUGCCUUUCUGGAGGAGGUGGUUCUGCUUCAGUGGAGGUGAGCUGGUUUGCGCUGAGCUUGCUGCUC